AUGCGGGAGCACUCACACGGCGCCAACUACGUCAGCAGCGUCCACUGGGCGGCCGUGCUAGACAGCAUUUCCGAGCUCAUCGACCAGUGUCAAGAAAAAGAGAAGGAAAAAAAGCCAGUCCCAGAGGACGGCUCCAUAGCGCCGCAAAUACCUGGCCCGCGUCUGCUGUAUGAGCCGGUCAAGGAGACCAAAGCGGAAAUAUUGGCGUCAAUGCCGGCCCGCACCGUGGUAGACCGCAUGGUUGCGCGUUACUUUAAUGCACUGGGCAUAGCACCGGCUAUUCUCCACAGCGCUCAAUUUCUUCGAGAGUAUGAGAGCUUUUGGAAGGAUCCGGACGCUACGCCCUUUGUCUGGAUUGGCCUUUUGUUCAGCGUCAUCUGCUUGGCCGUACAGUUCCAACAGCCAGGCGAAGAAGCCGCCGAAUGGUCCUCACUCAUGCGCAUCCGCCAGUUCCACGACCGAAUCGUCCAAUGCCUAGUCCUCGGCCAAUACACCCGGGGGGGACCCUACGUCGUCGAAACCAUGGUAAACUAUUGCGCUAGUGAACUCUGCAUCACGAAAGACACCGACGUCGGCCCCUGGCUCCCCCUCGGCAUCAUGGUGCCGCUCGCCGUGAGCCGGGGCUACCACCGGGACCCAGCGGGCUUCCCCAACAUCUCCCCCUUCGCCGGUGAGAUGCGGCGCCGGGUUGCAACACCGCCGAACCACGCAACCUCUUCGACACCGACUUCGACGAGGACACCACCGACCUACCACCCUCACGGCCCGAGACCGAAGUCACCCCUGUCCUCUACUCCCUCGCCAAGAACCGAAUCGACAAAAUCGGCAGCCCCAUCGCGGGACCUCGCCGCCGACGCCCACGACCGCCCCUACCCCGAGAUCCUCGCCCUCGACAAAGACCUGCAAACUAUCGAGACCUCCCUCCCGCCCAUCUUCCGCUGGCAGCCCCUCAGCCAGUCCUUCAUGGUGCCCGGCCAGGUGCUCAUGUUCCGCUUGUGGCUGCGGCUGGCCGUGCUCCGCCUCGUCAUCUGGCUGCACCGCAAGUAUCUCGCCCCAGCCUACAGCGCCGCGCCGUACGCGUACUCCCGCGCGGCGUGCGCGCGCGCGGCGCUGGAGAUCGCAGAGUUCCAGCUGCUGCUGCACGAGGAGACGCGGCCGGGGGGGCAGCUGCACCAGAUGCGCUGGAUGCAGUCGUCGCUGAUGCAGUCGACGUUUUUGCUGGGCAUGAGUGUGGCUUGCUAUUGGAUGCAGCUGACGAGGACGGCGCUGCCCGGAGCUGAUCAGGAUAUGGAGAUGCGAGAGCGGAUCCGCGACCGGCUGAGGGAUACGUAUCCGCUGUGGCUGCGCUGUAGCGCGGUGUCGAGGGAUGCGCGGGAGGCUGCGGAGCGACUGCGCCAGCUUCCGGAUCUGCAGGGUUUGCUGCCGGAUGUGGAGGGCCAGUUGUCGGCACAGGAGAGUCCCGGUUCGGGGGUUCCGGCUUGUUGGGAUAUCUUCCACGGUACGGGUAGGCAUGCGCGCGCCCUGGAUGCGGUGUUGGGGGAUAUGGACCGUUCUAGGAAAACGAAUGCUGACUGGGCCCGGGUUUAG